CUAAUGUCAAGCGAGUUGUCAAAAAUCUUAUUUUGCUUUCGUCGAAUCGAAUUUUUAGAUCUUGCAAAAUAUCUUAAAUUGGAUAAAAAACUAAAAGUACUUAGUGACUUAAUAAUAAAUGUUUCGUGACAGUUACGACGUUAAAAGAUAUAAAACUUACUAACAUAAUGUGGGUUAAACCGCAAGAAGUUUUUCUGAAGACAGCACUUUGGGAUUGUGAUGAGACAAGCUUGUAUUUUGUCUUACAACGACGCAAAGGACAUGGAAAAUCUAGAGGAUUAUCUUCAUUAUUAGUGGGUACUCUAGACAGUGUUAUGGACACAAAACCGGCACCAUUCAGAAUAUUACACCAAACUCCGAACUCGGAGGUUUAUUAUGUAAUAGCUACAGCUUUGACUGAAGCGGAAAUAAGGCAAGAUUGGCAAUGGCUGUUUGAAAAUGUAUGUCCGACUCUGCAUUCAUUUGACAAAGAGGAUGAAGUUACAGAUUUUGUGUGCUGCAAAAUCAAUUCAGUUAUUGCUACUGAACAAGACAAUUUCACAGAAGAUGAAGAUACGAUUACAUACAAGAAUGUUGAUUAUGAAUUCCAUCAAAGGUUUGGCAUGCCAAAAGAUGAAAAGCUGGUUUGUUAUUACUCAUGCAGCUACUGGAAAGGAAAAAUGCCACGGCAAGGAUGGAUGUAUCUAUCAGUACAUUACAUGUGCUUCUACUCAUAUAUAUUUGGACGUAAAACCACUGUGAAGAUACGCUGGGCUGAUGUUACAGAGUUAGCCAAGACAAACAGUCUGCUCUUCCCAGAUUCAAUAAAAGUUGUCACCAGAGAUGAUCAGCACUACUUCACAAUGUUUUUGAAGAAAAGCGAAACUUUUGCUUUGAUGCAGCAGUUAGCUAAUAUUGCUAUGAAACAGUUGAUAGACGACAAGUCUGGUUCCUUCAAUAUUGACAAAGACUUACUUACUAAACUUAGUAAGAAUGUACCAAAGAAACCGUCAUUUCUAAAAAGAGAUCUCGACGCGAAAAAGCAGUCUAAUCGCUACACGCUAAGGUUUAGAUUGCCGCAAAACGAGAAACUUGAUGGCACAGAAGAGUGUACUCUGUGGACCCCAUAUAAUAAAAGUCACAAUUGGGGCAGACUGUACUUGUCACAGAACUUCAUUUGUUUCGACAGUCGGGUGAAGAACCUGGUACGUCUGACUAUUCCUUUACGCGACGUACAUCAAGUGGAACGCGCCGAUUCAGGCGGGACCGGCAGCUCUGGUGACUCAGGCAGCAUCCUCGUCACCACCUCCUACCACACCAGCUUCCUGUUCGGGAACAUUUCCGACAGGGAGUUUCUGGUCCACAAAAUAUCGGAGCUACUGGCCAAGUUGCCCAAUGAUACCUACAGGGAGAAGGCGACGUUGGCAGUGGCCAGGAAAGACGAUGGCGAGAGGGGAUGGACGUCUCAGCCGCCUUUGAUGACGCUCUUUAAGACUAACCAGACGUCGCCUAUCCGCCAAAUACAACAGAAAAAGGUGAAACGAUGGGAAGACCAUAUGUCUGAAGUGGGUCGCGGUGUAAGCAUGUACCAAACCACUGCUGGCAGCGAACUUGUAGUCAACGGCAUCCCAGAAUCCUUACGCGGAGAAUUGUGGAGUGUUUUCUCCGGCUCUAUAUUACAGAAGGCACAGAAUAAGGGGUUGUACGAGAAGCUUGUCAACGAAGCGUUGUCUUCCAAGAACCCAGUUAAUGAUGAGAUCGAAAGGGACCUGCACAGAUCGCUCCCGGAACAUCCGGCUUUCCAGAAUGAUGUUGGUAUAUCCGCUUUACGUCGCGUUUUGUGCGCAUACGCACUCAAAAAUCCAACCAUUGGCUACUGCCAAGCGAUGAACAUAGUCGCUUCGGUACUGCUCAUCUACUGUCCAGAGGAGCAGGCGUUCUGGCUUCUGGCAACUAUAUGCGAGACUUUGUUGCCUGACUAUUACAACACGAGGGUAGUUGGUGCUUUGGUGGACCAAGGCGUAUUGGAAGAAUUGACUAAAGCCCACUUGCCCGAACUUCACGCUAAGCUUGAUGAACUCGGCGUGAUGAAGAUGAUCUCUUUGUCUUGGUUCCUGACGCUGUUCAUAAGCGUGAUGCCUUACGAAUGCGCCGUCAAUGUGAUGGACUGCUUCUUCUACGAUGGAGCCAAAGUUAUAUUCCAGGUCACUCUCACAAUAUUAGAUAUAAAUCGCGAUAAACUGCUGAAAUGCACUGAGGACGGUCAGGCGAUGCAAGUCCUUAACGAUUAUUUGGAAGGUAUAUACAACGACGAAGCUGUGGCUUUGUCCACAGAACCAAGGACGGCGGAGAAGACAAUAAAGAUUCAAGAUUUGGUAUACCAAGCGUACAGGACAUAUGGGAGUAGCGUGACCAGCGACGGCAUCGAACAUUUGGGACUUAAACAUCGUCUUAGGGUCGUGAGGCAGCUAGAAGACAGCCUUGAAAGAAAUACCCUGAGGGCGUUGCAGCAAGACAAGCUUCUUGAACCUAAUGAAUUACAGGAAUUACUUAGUGCCAUACGCGAAGAGCUUUUAUUGGCUAAACGCGUGCCAUGUGAACGCUUAGAAGCACCAUACGAAGCUUAUAGACUGGACUAUACGCAGUUCAAAAUGCUGUUUUCAGCCUUAUCUCCGUGGGCUAAAGGCGAUUAUGCUGAAGCGAUCACCGCUAGGAUGUUCAAGUUAAUGGACAAUGACGACGACGGCUUCGUAAGCGCGCGCGGUUUGAGUCUCGCUUUGGGCUUGAGUUGUCGCGCCGACGCUCAGAGGAGAUUGCGUGCCUUGUAUUGUGCGCACGCGCCGCCGUUACUAUCGCACUUGGAAUUGAGGCCUACCCACUUCACUGACACCGGGGAGGAGCUGGCCACUGAUGCUAUCUCUUUCUUUGACAGGUCGACAUCUGGUACAGACGUUGGGAAGGCUAACAUUGAGAAGGACUGCAAAAAAACUGACAUAGAGAAUCCGCCUAGUCCUGAACCGGGUAGUUCGUCAAUGCAAAGAUCAAUCAGCGAAGUUUGCAGCUCCGGUUACAACAUGGACAAGUCUAGUGACAGCGUUCUUAGCCACUCAGCGGGCAGCAGCGGUGACUCACACUCAGCUGACAUGGUCCGCGCCUGCGCGUUAUCCGGUCUGCCUUCCUCCCUCCCCUCCACCCCUGGUUCUACCUCCCCUCCCCCCACAGCUCCCCCUUUACCUAGGGCCCACUUCUUACAGUUACUGGCGGCGUUACACGACUUGACUCAACACGAAGCGGCGCUGUAUGAAGCUGUCGUGUUAGCCGGGACACUACUGUUGCAACUUGGCGAGCUAAACCAACGCCCUCUAUUUGACCGAGAGAUUUCACAAGACAGCCUCUACAUGGCAGCAGCAGCCAAACAACCGCAAUUGCCAGAAAUGGACCCUAACGGGAAUCCGACCGUAGAUCAAGACAAACCUCAACCGUCGACCCCGACGAAGGAUAUUGAACCCUCCACCGAAUGCUUAUGGUCUAUAACUCUCGAGCAGUUCCUGGCGACCAUGCUGGCUCAAGGUCCUGUAGAAGAGUUUUUCAACAAGAAGGUCACAUUAUUGCCUCAAUUGGAAGCGCUGAGGCAUAGAGAUAGGCUGCAAUCUAUAUCCUAGCUGAUGGACUUCGUUGGACUUCAAAAGGUAAUGGUUUGUGAUAACUAGGUAGGAUGCUGUAGGGGAAUUUGCUGUUUGGUCCGAUUUCUGAGUUUGCAAAGCACAAAACAGUCGUCAAUUUAGCUGGCACCUACGUAAGUUCUUCAACUAAGUUAAGACGUGACCGUUUUUGAAAUAGGUUAUUAGACGGUAUUAAACAUAAAAUACCAAUUUACGUCUGUAUUUAUCAUGAAUAUUGGCAGCAAUUGACGUUUGUGAGACGCCUUAAUGCCAAGAGAAUCGUUUUCGCGGCAAAUUUGAUAACAGUUUUUUUUAUUUUCCUUUUUGUUACUGAAUAACUCAACAAUAUGAUAAAUAUCUUUACGGAGUCUUUUUAAACGUUAGUAAAUAACGUAAAACAGUUGAAAGUAAUUCGUCAAAUACCUUAAGUUUACAAAAUGGAUGUCGGUCGCCUCGCCCCUUUCCUAUUGGACCAAUGAAAAAUGACGAGAGAAAUUGGCUGCCGGUUGUUUUCAAUUCUAGACUCGCGGAUUGGUAGCAAGAAACCUUAAUUCUAUUAUUAAUUGAAUUUGUGCAACGGAAUGUAAUUAGUAGACAAAACAAAAGGGCGAUUGGUGGAGAGAUGCCCCAUUUCUCCACCAAAGAAUUGGUCAUACAUUGGAGAAUCGUCUUUACAGCACAGAACUUUGUUUAUCAUACAGUAUUUUUAUUACUGAACGGAUAUUUGAAAGGGAUCUGAGCGUUCAAAACAAACAGGCAAAUCGAGAAAAGUACUGUCAAAGCUUUUAUCCAAUAAGAAUAUCGUUUUAAUUUCAACUUGUUGCAGGCACUGUAAAUAUCAAUUUGACUGUACUUGAGUUUAAAAAACGAAAAUCAAAUAUUACCUUUAUUUCUUAAUAGCUUUAGGUGGUAAGAAAUCCAUAUAAUAAAAUGAUACCAAAUAUAUAAUAUUUAUUGUGCAAUAUUCCACUGAAUGUUACGAACAAUCCAAAUAAUUAUAAUGUGUACAAAAUAACACUUUCUGUGGUCUCGGAUGAAAGAAUUAGGCAAUAUUAAUCAUUAUAUUUUCCUUUAAAAAAAAAAUAUUAUAAUUAUCAAAAAUGCAUAAUGUAAAGAAUAUUUGUAUUAAACAUUACAUAAAUCUAUUAUGGUUUGCUAAAAUAAAAAUCAAUAAGAAAUUAUUAAAUUAACAUAAUUAUUAUUACCAUAAAAUCAAAAUCUAUGCAGGUUCUGGUCAUAAUUAAAAAACAUAAGAUUAGUACCUAAGGAUAGAUAAAUAUUGUGUUGAAUACUUGUACCUUCUAAAUAUACAUUUAAACAAUUUUGUACUCAUGCAUGAUUGUAUAAUACUAAAUCUGAAUAAGCAUUUCAAUAUUUGCAGUAGUAACCAUUAAUAAUUUAUGACUAUUAUUUUAUAUUUGCAAUAAAUUUUGUACAAUCAAAAGCAAGUCAAGUAAUAGGGGUGAUGACGGUGUACAGUAAACGAAAUUCUAUUUAGUCCGUCAGUUAGAUGAUCAAAAAAUAAUGGACACAUAUUUUUUCUUUGGGCGAUCAACCAAAAAAUGACAAAGUUAUAGCGCGUCAAAGUUUGGGAGUAGGGGCUCGUGACGUCACUCUUUAGUGAAUAUUCGCUUAAAAGUGUACUCAAAUGUUACGUCAUGCGACUUUUCAAAUCAAUAUAUCUCUGCAAUGUUUAUAUUAUGUGAAAAAAGAAAAAAUACGUGUCUAAUACUUUUUGAUAAUGUACCUGAUAAACCCAACCCUAAUUAUCCCAACUGACUUUUGUAUGUAGCUUGAUAUAAAUAAGAUCUACUUUCGAUGGAGAUUUAAUACUCUGUGGCAGCAGUAAUACUAACCCCCUUAUUAAUAAACGAAGAAUAAGCUUGGUUUAGUUACUCCAUGUUUUGUCUCUGUUCAUUGAAUUACAAAUGGCAUUUGACUGAUAGCAACAAAAUUCGGUUUAACUAGGUGUUGGGGAUGGGAGGUUCAGUAACGAUGUAAAAAGCCAAAAUGCAGCAAAUAAACCUUUAUUAAAUUAAUAAAUCACUUUUAAAGUAAUUUUAGCCUAGCACGUGUUUUUUUGGGAUC